AUGCUGGACGCGAAACAAUAUAACGCCCUGGAUCUGGCUCAGCCAACGGAUUUCAAGUCCAUGCUAGCGAGCGGUGAACUGCUAUGGGGCACAAGCUGUAGAAUUCCCCAUGAGGAGGCUGCGCGUGUUGUGGCUGCUCUGCCGCAUCAAUUUUGCUUUCUUGAUGCAGAGCAUAGUCCACUCAACCCAACACUCCUUGCCAGCCUCAUCAAGACCAUUCAGUACACUUCAAACGGCUCCAUGGUGCCAUACAUACGACUAGCACCCAACAUGCCGGACCUCAUCAACUAUGUUCUCCUUGCAGGAGCCGGAGGUAUUGUCCAGCCUCAUGUUCAAAAUGCAGAACAGGCUCGACAGCUAGUAUCUUUAGCCAAGUUUCCUCCUCUGGGCACACGCAGCUAUCCACCCUUGGCACUGUUUGGCAAACAGACUCGCACCAAGCCCGGAGAGACUGUUUACGAUGUGUGGAACAAUCACGCUGCAGUAUUUGCUCAGAUUGAGGACGUGGAAGGAGUCGAGAAUGUUGAGGAGAUUGCAGCUGUUCCUGGAAUCGAUGCUUUGAUGGUGGGGGCGGGCGAUCUUCGAUGCUCCCAGGGUCUUGAGGUCGGCAGUCAGGACGGCGACGAGCCAGUGUUUCUAGCUGCAUUGGACAAGAUUCAGCGCGCCGCAGACAAAAAUGGUCUCGCUGUGCUAGGCUUCGCAAUGACGCCUGAGAUCUUGAAACGACGACUGAAACUGGGAUGGAAAGCCUUCAUCGUUCACUCGGAUGGAGCGGGAGUGUUCAAAUCCGGAGUGGCGAGUUUCGAGGAUAACGUCAGACUCGCAAAGGUAGUGGGCAUGGAUGGCUCGAAUGGUGUGUGCAAUGGUCAUAGUAAUCGCUAG